AAAGAAAAAGAAAGAAAGGGUGGCAGUGCUGGAGACAGGCUGUCACCAACGCAACGCAACGCAACACCUCAUUAGGGUUGGGUUUGGUUCUUCGUCUUCGUCUUCGUCUUCAACUUCAACUCCACUAGAUCCAUUCGUCAAUAUUCAAUGUUCAUUAUUCUCUCUCUGCACUGUACUUGAAUUGAAUUAUUAUUCCUACAACAUACGGGUUCUGAGCUGGAUCUAUAUUGCCCCGAGUCUGAUUGCCAUCUUAAGCAUAUGGAAGGGUGCUACUUGAUUGAUCAGGAAUUUUGUAUAGUCAUCCACCCUGAGUGAUUAUGAAUAUCUAAGUUGGGUUCAAUAAUUGUCGUCUAUUAUUAAUUCUAUGAACUGAGUCUGUUAUACUUCUAUUCUGGAAAGAAAGCACAUACAUCAGAGGAAUUUUUGUAUCCAUGCUAUCAGAGAGCAUGCGUGGAAUCUGUACUUCGGGUAAUGCCCCUGACAAGAUUUUCUGCCGAUGCAUUCGGUGUGGUGACAAUUUGUUUAGUAGCCCUAUUACUUCUUCUUGGGUUGUUAUGCAUUGCAUAUUCAUUUUACUUUCGCUCACGUAUUAGUCAUCAGGCUUUUGUUCAGCUCAGUUAUUUUAGUGGUCCUUGGAUCAUCAGAAUCACAUUCAUUCUAUUUGCAAUCUGGUGGGGUCUUGGUGAGAUUAUUCGGUUAAGUUUGCUAAGACGUGCCCUCCACUUAAAAUGGCAGGAAACUGUCUGCAAAUGUUACAUUGUGUCAAAUUUGGGGUUUGCAGAACCAUGUCUCUUCCUCACACUCGUGUUUCUCCUUCGUGCACCCCUACAGAAAUUGGAGACUGGAAUCAUGAGCAGAAAAUGGAAUGGGAAGACAGCUGGAUAUAUUCUGCUUUACUGCCUUCCAAUUUUUGUUCUUCAGCUUUUUAUUAUUUUGGUUGGACCUCAAUUAAACAAGAAUAAGGGUUCUGGGAAAAUGUUGCCUCAUUAUUUUACAAGUACAGCUGCUCCCGCUUCAUUGACAAGGGAGCAUGAUAUUGCCCUCUGUACUUACCCUCUACUCAGUACUAUUCUCCUUGGCCUUUUUGCCAUUGUCCUGACUUCCUACCUUUUUUGGCUUGGAAGUCGGAUUUUGAAAUUAGUUAUCAAUAAGGGUUUGCAGCAGAGGGUUUACACAUUGAUAUUCUCAGUUUCAGGUUUCCUUCCAUUAAGGGUUCUUUUCCUUGGUUUAUCUGUUUUAUCUGGACCUGAUCAUUUUAUGUUUGAAGCCUUUGCUUUCUUGGCUUUUCUUGCUCUUGUAUGUUGUGCUGGGGUUUGCAUGUGCAUGCUUGUGUACCGUCCAGUUGCAGAUUGUUUAGCAUUGGGGAAUUUACAAGACUUAGAAGCUAGGAGAUUUGAUGUUGAUCAUAAUGAUACCAUGUCCCUUAUUGGUAACCAGAAUCAUCAGGAAUAUAAUGCUGAAGAAAAUGCUGGGUCUAGUCCUGGUAGGUAUUCUGAUGCAUCAACAAUGCGUGGUUCAAUUUCAUUUCGGCUAUUGGAAAAGGAUGGUACUUCAGCAGGGACACUUGUUGAACUAAGCCUCUUCUCUCCCAGUCGACAUGCAACCCCUCCGGGAUCGCCUCCUCUCCUAGGCUGGCCCAUGCGAUCCCCAGAACAAGUAAUUGGACCAUAAAGGCGGGGGGCUUGAAAAUGAUUAAUUUGGGUUGAUACCCAAUUUUGUUGUGAAAGAAACUGAUUGUAUAAAGGGUUUAGAUUCAAUAAGGUUUUUAUUCUUGUUUUGUCUCCUAAUUCUAGGUAUAAUGCUUUUGCUUUGGUAUUUAGUGUGAGUAACGUUUUUUCUUUCUUGUACCGUCUCGACAACUUUUCUUUUACCUGUUUCUAAUUUUGUAUUUGAAAUGUUUGAAUACCUUUAUAUGGUCAUAUACGUUCGUCGGAGCUGAAGUUGGUUAUUGGUGAACGCUGUCGUGUAAAAUUUUUGGGGCAAUGAAUUGGAUAUUU